CUAUUUGGUCAAUAUUUGCCGAGACGUGGAGUAAGGUCAAUGUCAGGCAGCGUCUGCAGUCUAUGGAGCAUGCGUGAAAGCAUGAAAACCAGUCCAUGACGCGAUUUCGGCGCGUUUCCGAGGCGUUUCAAGCGCGUUUCUUACUUUGCGUGUGCGUUUGGCGCGUUUCCGUUGUGAAUUUUGGCAACACAUUUUGGAUGCGCCGAAGGUCUGCCAGUUUCCGUAAUAGAUUUGGCCAACAAAUAGUUGUUAUGGGGCGUGGUUGUGGCUAUACCUUCUGCACAUAUAUAAAACUAAAUCUGUUGAAGUGCCGCAGUUUUAGUUUGUAUUCGAGCGUCGCCGGAGUUAAGUUUCUAAAAUGUAUUGGCGCUCGCGUUUCUGUCUGCUCGUUCUCUUCCUCGCGCUGGUGGCUGCCCAGAAGAGCAAAUCGAAAUCAUCGGAUCGACCACAGGGACGCACAUUGGGCCUGCUAACGCCGUUGCUGCUCGGCGCGGCGGCGAGUCCGCUGUACGAUGUGCCCGUGUUGCCCGUGGGUGGCACCACUGGAGGUGGCAGCGGUUCAGGCACACAGUCGGAUUCCUACUAUGGAGGAGCUGGCGGUGGUGUAGGUGUAGGCGGCUAUCCGGGCUAUGGCAGCUACUAUGGCUAUGGCUAUCCCAGUCUGGGCCUAGGCUAUCCCAGCUUCGGCUUGGGCUAUCCCAGCUAUGCCAACUACUUGGGCUAUCCGAGCUAUGGCUACAACAGACCCAGUUACAACUACAACAGCUACAAUAGACCCAACUACAACUACAACAACUACAACAGACCCAACUACAACAACUACAACAACUAUGCCGGCUAUCAGCGACCCACACAGUAUCCAGGCAGCUACUACGGCUAUCGGCCCAGCUACAACAAUUUCAAUAACUAUGGCAACGGCGGCAGCUAUGGCAAUAGACCCGCUGCCUAUCCAACGCCAGUCAGCUCCAGUCCCAGCUCAGGUGGCACGGCAACAGGUGGUGCUGGCUCCCAGCUAACCACGGCGCAGGCAGCACAAAUCGCUGGACUGCUGGGCCAAGCGUUGGGCAGCAGUUUGCGUCCUCUCCUAGCCAAUGGUGGUGCAGGCGGUGCUGGUGGUGCUGGAAUCAAUGCGCAAGCGCUAAGCAAUAUUUUGAGCACCAUCAGCCAAGGCUAA